UGGACCGGGAGCGCGUGGCUUCGACGUCGAGACGACCAUGCGUGUGUCUUGGAGUACAAGGUCAACAACUACUGCCUCGUUGGCGUUGAUUUGUGAUUGACAGCUUGUCGUGUGAGGAGCACACAGUCAAGGGCAGACGAAGACGGCGCUCGCCGCCUGACGGUUGCUCAUCAUCCUCAUAUCGGCGAACAGGCCGCCCGCGGCGACGUCGUCAAGACCCUCCUCUAUCGCAUGAACCGUGCGCCCGAGGCACAAGCCGCGAUUAGAAGGAUCUUGAAACCUUACCUCUUGCUACCACGCCGGCCAUCAUCUCCUCCCCAUGGCCACAGUCGCCAGCAGCACCACCGCUGCCGUGCCCUCGACCUCCAAGCAUACACUCGACGAUGACCAAGGACCCGUACCCCUCUUCACCCACACUUCGCAGUACCAACAUUACCUAUUCCCAACCUCGUCGUCCUCAUCCUCGCUGCGCAUCGCCCUGACAGCAGCAGACGAGGAUGCAGGCAUCAACUCAGCAUCAGCCCUUCUCCUCCAGCAGUACUACCUACUCCGGCUCCCCCUCCUCUCCAAAGCAUUCGGCCUCUCAGAAAAAGUCCUGGCGACAAGCAUGACCUACUUCAAGCGCUUUUGGUUACAAAGAGGCGUAGCUGAACCGCUCGAUGGGAGCGGCUCAGGCGGUGGCAACAAGCUCCGAGCUGCCAAGGGCGUCAAAGUGGUGAUGCUCAUCUGCCUCUACCUGGCUACAAAGACACAUUCCACGCCCAUCUCCCUCGCCGCCUUCGCGAUGCGGAUCUCUGGCGCAGUAGGAGGGAGUGGUAGCGAGGAGGCGGCAGCUGCGAUCAAGGAGACGGAGCAGAGCAUUCGAGACUACGAGUUCGAGGUGGCAACUGUGCUUAGCUGGCGAUUCAGGGUCACGCAUGCAUUCGAGGCAGCAAGGGGGAUGGCGCUGGAUUUGCAAUGUCCCGACGAGGGGAGAGAUGGUGCCCCGCCCUUGCAGGCGGAGAUGCUCAAGAAGCUGCUGGGGCCACUCAAUGCUGCUUCACAUUCGUUGAGGCUGACGGAUGGUGAGUUCCGAUAUACGCCCUCACAGCUGGCAUUCGGUACCUGGUGGUCGCUGACCAAGAGAGAGGGCAACGAGGCCCUUGAUGAGGGAGAGAGGGCCUUACUGCGUGCCCUGCUGCAGGGAUGGGUCAAGGCAAAGGAGGAGGCAGCGGCGGCUGCUGAGGCGAAGAGGGCCAACGCACCUAUCCCUGAUGUUGGCAAGAUGAAAAAGGCCCGAGGGACAGCGAAUGGCGAUAACAGCAACGGCGGUGGUACUCCUUCCACACGUCGGCCCCUCUCCUCCACUACCCUCCUCCAAGAAGCCGACGAAAUCGCCUCCCUCGUCUCACAAGGCUCAGAACUCGAAGCCAGGCUGAAAGGCAAGGAGACUUUAGACGAAGUGAAAGCCAUUGAUGCACGGCUUAAGGAGUGGGCGGCGGGCAAGGAGAAGCAGGAGGUCGAAGAGGGCGCCAUAGCUACGGCGUCGACUGCAAAGCGCAAGGCUGGGGAAGGGGCAAGCGCUGAGGGCGAGGCAGGGGCGACAAAGAGGGCGAAGGUUAGGGGAGAGGGCGCAGUGGACUCGGAUGAUGACGAAUGAGGCGCCCGCCCAACCAAGACUGUCUGAUGCGUCUCACCCAACCAAGACUGUCUUCACACGCAUCAGACUAGCGGACGUGUAACGAAAUUAUCCGAUGUGAAGUGAACAGUGAACGAUGAACAAAUACAGAAGGAGUGGGGUGAAGAGGGGGACUGCCUUACGUGAGCGGCAUGUGUAGAUUCUGCUUGA